AUGGCUUCACAUGCCGUGCCGACGUCCGACGGAGAUCUUGAUGAUCCACCUCCAAGUGCUUCACCAGCGAGCCGACGUGGAAAUCCCGAGGUACAAGGUAGUGAUUCAGAGGCCUUUGCCAGGUUUCAGCGCUUUUUGGCGAUGGAACGUGAGGGUCGCAUGAGUCCGUAUAGACCCCGGAGGAUUCGCGACAGGGAUGAGGACGACGAGGACGACAAUGGCGACUCCCGAGGUAGCUCGGGGCCACCGCCGACAUGGGAUGGCACCUCCUCGACGUUCGAGGACUACAACAUCAAGGCCCGCCUGUGGCUGGCAACGACGAAGGCCAAGGCGAAGAUGAGAGGCCCACUGCUGCUCAAGUCAUUGACUUCCACACCAUUCGAGGUGUACAAGCAUUGGGCCAAAGACCCUCUAUGGUUGCAGGACACCUCCAACGCUGAAAAGUUGCUGGAUGACAUGAACAGGCCUGAACGUUAUGGAGAUGAUCAACAAGAACAUAUGUUGACCGCGAUGUCAAGACUGACAUACCAUAUCAGAAGGCAGAAGAAUGAGGACUGGCGAGAAUUUUUCGCCAGAUGGGAUACAGCACUUCGUAAAGUGCACCAGCAUCAAAUCCAACUCCCUGAAGAGUACGAGGGCUUCUUGCUUGUCAACGGCCUGAUGCUGACCGAGAACGAGACGAAGACGUUGAUGAAUUUUACCCAUGGAUGCAUCAAGCCAUCGUCAAUCAAGAGCUGGCUGAGGAAGAAUGAAACGACCCUCUCCGCCGCAGAGCUGGGAGCAGAAUCGAAUAAGAAGAAGACGAACCAGCUGCUCUACACCGUUGACGAGGACUUCACAGAGGAGACUAAGUCCGACUACGAGCAGAACUACCUGGACGACAUCAAGGAGCUGGAGGCGAAUUUGAUGGACCUGCAGACCGACCAGGACAACGACGAGGUCAUCUCUGAGGCUGAUGCGGCCGAGAUUUUGUCGACAUACGUCUUGCAGAAAAAGAAGAGUUACGUUGAGUCACUCCGGAACAAGAAGAACAAGGAACUUGCCAGGGGCUACGGUGCAGGAAGCCGGAGCAGUACCAGCUACCGCAACCAAUCUUUUGGCCGAGAACAUCGAAGACAGAACUCUGAGGAGAGCCUGGCUGCCUUGAAGCGACGCACUCGGUGCGACCGUUGCCACCAGGUCGGCCAUUGGAAGCGGGAGUGCAAGAAUGCUCCAGCCAAAUCAGACCCUGGCAAAUCUCACGAGACAAACUAUCUGGAGAACACCAACAAAGUCUUCUUCGCAGGACAUCUUGAGCUUGAGCCGCACCACCUGAGUGCUGACCCUGAGAACCGCCAUUUUGGCGAUGAUUCCGACUGUCUGCAUCAGUGUCAAGAGUUUGAGAUUCUGAAACUUCAGAAUGCCGAAUGUCCAGCAGCAGUUAAAGUCUCUGACAAUUUGUCGAUCGCCCCGUUAGAGAUGGACCUGGGGAGCAACAAGCGCAGCCGUGCGACCGAGCCAGCACAUCCAAUCUCUUGGGCAGCGUGGUCGAGAAUGGCACGGAAGCUGCUCUCAAUCCUGAUCCCAUUCAACAUGAUGAUCGAGCGGAUUCUUGGAGAACGACGCGAACGUUCGGGAGUUCUUCAUCGUGCAGUGCAGAACAUGGAGUUCGAGGACCUCAGGCAGUUCCACGAGUUCGUCGCGAAGGAGGUCAACCGCCGACUUCUCCCCAGCGGACGCAACAUCGAGAUCGAGGAGAUCCUGCUCAGCGAGCCGGAGUCGGACUCGUUCACCCUCCUGACGGAUCAGGCGUCGAGCACAUCGCCGUCAGCAUCGUCCAGCAGGGCCAGUCGGCAGAAGAAGACCAAGGCCAAGGUCAACAAGUUGGUGGACGAGGUGGACGGGAUGGAGAUCCUCUUUGGACCUCGACCAGAAUGUCACUGCCGGCUUCCAGCAGCACUGCACAUCAGCCACACCGAGAAGAACCCGGACAAGAUGUUCUUCCGAUGCCCGAAGGAACAAGGAAGCCAAUGCAAGUUCUUCGUUUGGACCGAGAGCCAGCCAUUCCUCGAACUGAACAAUUGGAAGUUCCGACAACAACCUGGAGAAGAUCCCAAGACCGACUACGACAUCUUGACGGAGAUCGUUCAGGAGAAGUGCAAGCACCAGAGGACCAAUCGUCAAGGGACGAACCAUAUCCGAGAGAAGGUGAAGUGCAGCACCUGCAAGAAACUCCUCUCGGACACGCCGGUACCGGCAUCUUCGAACAAGCAGAAAGACAAGGAGAAGGAGUUCGCAGAGUUCCAGGAGUACCUCAAGUGGAAGGAGGCACGUCAGGGAAAGAACUGA